GGGUACUUAAAUACCACCGUAUCCCGCGGAGAAACCAAUAUCAGAGGCUCAACCGUCACCACCACCAAGGCCCCCCCCCCCCCUUCCCUCUUAGCACCCAAUCACCUCUUCCACACCGGGCGAAUCAUAAGGUUGACUGACCUUUUAGCGUCGACAUGUCUACCGUUCUCGUCAAGGAGAAGGUGGCGGUGUCGACCGUGGACACCUCUUCGCGGACCUCCCUGACAAGCAUCCCCGCCUUGGGAGUCGCGGUCGAGGAGAGGCGCUUCUGGUGGCAGCGAGCUAGAUCCUACGACCCGGACGCGAUCGCUACUCAGGCGAGUGUUUUCGACGAUCCUGAGUCUGCUGAGAAAUACCAGCCACGAGCCGACUGGGAGAACGUCCAUCGUUUUGACCCCUUGGCACGAUGGAGCUGGUCGGAAGAGCAUCGUCUUAUCCGGAAGAUCGACUUUCGUAUCAUGAUCUGGACCUGUAUCAUGUUCAUGGCCCUCGAGCUGGACCGUGCAAACAUCUCCCAGGCUCUGACGGACAACUUCCUUAAAGACCUCAGCAUGACCACCAAUGACUAUAACCUGGGGAAUACCGUGUUCAAGCUCAGCUUCCUCUUUUCAGAGUUGCCAUCUCAGCUGGUGUCUAAGUGGAUGGGUCCCGAUCGCUGGAUUCCGUCGCAGAUGGUUCUCUGGAGCAUCGUCGCGAGUUCCCAGUUCUGGCUGUCUGGAAGGCAGUCUUUCCUGAUCUGCCGUGCACUUUUGGGCAUACUCCAAGGCGGUUUCAUCCCCGAUGUUAUUCUGUAUCUCUCCUACUUUUACAAGCACCACGAGAUGUCUCUCCGUCUUGGAUUCUUCUGGACGGCUAUGAGCACUGCCGACAUUCUCUCCGCCCUCCUCGCCUAUGGCCUACUGCACAUGAGGGGCGUCCAUGGCCAGGCUGGCUGGAGGUGGCUGUUCCUGAUCGAGGGACUGAUCACGCUCGUUGUUGGCAUCUUCUCCUUCUUGCUGAUGCCUGCUGGACCAUGCCAAACUCAGAGCUGGUUUCGAGGGAAAAAUGGAUGGUUCUCUCCACGCGAGGAGACGAUCAUGGUCAACCGCAUUUUGCGCGAGGACCCCAGCAAGAGCACCAUGCACAACCGCGAACCCAUCACGCCGAAGCUCCUUUGGCAAAGCCUCAAGGAUUUCGAUCUCUGGCCCUUGUAUAUACUCGGUCUUGUUUUCCAGAUUCCGAUGACGCCGGUGGAGCAGUACCUGACACUGUCACUUCGGGGUCUCGGAUUCGAUACCUUCCAGUCCAACCUACUGACGAUCCCGAAAACCGUCUUGCACAUGAUAACGAUGCUGCUCCUCACCUAUCUGGCCGAGAUCGUCGGCGAGUUGACCUUCGUAGCGCAGAGCGGGCAGAUCUGGGCUCUCCCGUUCCUCAUCUACCUGGUCGCCGCCGACACCCAGAAGGUCAGCCGAUGGAUCAUCUGGAUCGUCACCACGCUGCUGCUGAGCUACCCGAACGCACACCCGAUCCAAGUGGGAUGGAACUCGCGAAACUCCAACACGGUCCGGUCCAGGACCGUCUCGGCCGCCUGCUACAACAUCUUUGUGCAGGCGAGCGGCAUCAUUUCCUCCAACAUCUACCGAGCAGAUGACGCGCCACGGUACGAACGCGGCAACCGUCAACUGCUCGCCAUCAACUGCAUGAACAUUGUGCUGUACUUCCUGGUCAAGGGCUACUACGUGCGGCGGAACAAGAAGAGGGACGAGAAGUGGACGUCGAUGAGCGAGGACGAGCGCAUGGAAUACCUCGCCACGACCGAGGACAAGGGGAACAAGAGGCUCGACUUCCGCUUCCAGCACUAACUACCUGGAGAGGGGGAUUACUUUUUUGGGUUGGUUGGUUGCAUCACGCACGAGCCCGGAGGGGGUUUCUCUGUUUCCCGCGACCCCGUGCGGCGGCGAUGAUUUCAAUGAAGAGAGAGGGAGCAAGCAAAGAGGAGGCGAGCCGUCGGCACGGAAAAGGGGCGAGUUUUUAUCGGUGGGGAUCGGCAGACAGAGCUGAUGGAACGGCCGGGUAGAGCGGUAUUUUCUUGUCCUUGGGCCGAGGUGGGACCGGGUGGACCGGGGGAUGUUAUCGCACCAAUAGGUAGAAUCAUCAUCCGCCAUUCAAAAUGCGCCAAGAUACAGUUGUCGUCUC